UAUGCCACCUCUUGCAGCAAUCCAGCCUAAAACGAUAACAUUGAAUCAGCCAUUCCAUUGGAAUCCCAAUCCAUCGGGACUCCGUGUUAUUAACCCUCAGAUUCUUAGGAUAGAGCCGAUUACAGGGACUGGGCAGCAACAGUAUUUAUUAAAUAGCUCAGCGAACCCUUCCCUUCAGCUUCUCGUGCAGAAGCCCCUGCCCCCUCUUGGACCCGUUUCUGUGAAGAAGAUCACGGCACCCAAGUUCCUGAACGGUCAAAGAAUUGUGUUGGCUCCUGUGUCUCCUGCUGAGACCCCCAUUAGUCCCUCGGUUUUAUCCAGUUCAGCGGAUUCACUCGUUCCUAACCUGAAAGAAAAACACACCGAAAAGCUCAAGAGGUCUCUAAAAGUGAAAACCCGUUCGGGGAGGAUCUCUCGGCCUCCGAAAUAUAAAGCCCGGGAUUACAAAUUCAUCAAAACUGAAGAUCUGGCUGACGGGCACCCGUCAGACUCUGAUGACUAUUCAGAACUAAGCGUGGAAGAGGAAGAGGACAGAAGGGACAGGGGAAAGGAUGCCUUGUUUAGCCCUCCUGGUUGUUACCUGAGGCCCAAAGCCUUCAAGUGUCAGUUUUGUGAAAAGUCGUACAUCGGGAAAGGAGGACUGGCACGCCAUUAUAAACUCAAUCCGAGUCACGGGCAGCUGGAGGCUUUAUUGCCCAGAGUGUUCCCUUCAGAUAAACCCAACGGACUCCUGGAGCAGGAGAACUCAGAGAGGAUGGGAGUCGCUAGCCAAAUGCCCGCCAAAUGCCCUCCAAUUUCAGCCGUUGCCAGUAUUGAAGGUCCGCACCCCGGCUGGGCGACGGAGCCAGACCCCACCCCGAGUGGGCAACAGAUGAGCAAAUCUGCAGAUGUUGGAUUGUUAUCGGAGCCGGGUCAGGAAAACGGAAGCCACGUGACUCGGGGGUCGGGAAAAUCCAGAGGAGCUAAAAGGCGCGGGCGGCAAAGUACCCGUAGGAAGCAGAGAUGUUCGGGCUUCCGACCGAAUUCUCUUUCCGGCACAUCGGCAGAACAGACCGUAGUGAAGAGGAAAGCAAGACUCAAGGAGUUGUUCCAGCAAUGUGAUGACGACGAUUUAAUGGAGCUGGCUCUACCCCGCCUCACAAAACUCAUAACUGUGUAUGAGUUUCUUCUGAUGAAGGUUGAAAGACAUCAUUCAGCCAAGCCAUUUUUUGCAGAUGUGUAUAAAGAAUUUGAAGAGUUGCACAAAAUGAUUAAGAAAAUGUGUCAGGACCACUUCAGUAAUUCUAUCACGAGUUUUCAGAAGCCCCUGGAAAUAAUCAAUAAUGAGGUUGCCGAGUCCCUAGGAAUUACAGAAGAACUUCUGAGACAGCAAGAGGCGCAGAUGGAAGGCACAUCAGUUCACCCAGCAGCUGAGGAAGGGUCCGCAGAAAGCGGCCAGCAAAAGCGAGGAAAUGAGACGCCAGAGGAAACGGUAGCCCCUGUGAAGAGAGUCCGAGUUGAUCAGCGCCAAACUGGAGGUCACGUUAGUCAUGAUGGACCAACAGAGACAAGUCUGCAAGUGUACUCACCUGUUGCAAAAGAGGGUUUCAGCCAACUACACGGGAGUACACCUCAGUCUUCCGAAGAGCCUCGUGGCGCGAGGCUUUCUGAUGCCGGGGAAACGAUGUUACAGACUACACAGCAGAUUUCAGUUUUGGCUGACUUAGAAGCUCAGGUAGGAAGUCCAGGCCCCGUGGCCCAUGACCAGACGUUAGAAUUACAAGAAGAAAUAGUUCCAGCACACUCUCCAGACCCGAACGCAUCGGGCCGACUCGCCGCUUCCGACUCCUCUGGCGUCGAAACAUCAGGUGGGCCGGUGGAUCUUCCAAAAAGCGACAGCUCGAGGAGCGAGGAGGUGCGCGAUGGGAGGGAGAGCCAGGAAUACUGUGCUAACUGUGAACAUCCUGAUCAGGGUAAGGAGGUGAACGAGGCUCAUCAGGCCCAGCAGCUUGAAAAAGUUUUAUCCAUGAACCUGGUGCCACUAGACCAUCCAUACAGGACUCUCUCGGAACCGCAGGACGCUCCCGGAGCGGAAGGGCCGGGCCUGCCUCAAGGGAACCUCGACCCUGCCGACAAAACCUUGAACCGGCUACCCUGUGGGAUUGAGGAACGAGGUGGGAGCAUCGUUGCCGUAGAUGAAACCGUGGCAUUUGAAAUUGCCGCCGGCGAGAGCCGCGAAUUGUUGCCUCAGGAACACGAGCGGAUCUUUAUUCAAACUUCAGACGGGCUCCUCCUGUCCCAUCCGGGGACAGUUGUGUCUCAGACGGACGGGAUCGUCAUCGUCACCCAAGCCGACGGUACCGCUAUGCACAUCCAAACGCCCGGUGGGGUUCCUUUAGAAACGGUGGAGGCGUUACUGGCAGUGGAGGCCGACAAUCAGGGUCGAGGCAUUUUGAUCUCCCACGGGGCAAUGGAACCGGACUCAUAAAGUACUGUAGAUUUAUCUGGAGAUGGUGAUCUAUUUCAAUUAAUGUAUAUUUUUCUAAUAUGAGGACUGAAAGAGGAAUCUUUUAACUUAUUUGUAAAGAACACCUCAUUUCUAAGAUGUGUACUACUUUUAUAUCCUGUGUCCAUUAAUGGCAGUAAUGUUACAGCCAAAAUCACUGAGGACUUCCACUAUGUCCUACAUUUUAAAAUCAUAAGCUUUUGCUGAGUUGCUGCGAACAGUAUUGCACUUUUCCUUGAUACCAUCGACUCCCCACUCCUCACCUCCUCCUCCACCACCAACCCAGGCUAGUUUACUACAUUUUGACAGUUGUUCGGCCUGUACUGGCAGUGUCUUCUGUGGGUAAAAGAAAAAAAAAAACUAAGGUAUUUCCCUACUGGAUCUUGUGAGUGUUCGAUGGGAAAGUAGCUGGAACUGAUACAGAAUUCAGAUGAGGGUGGAGGCAUUGAUGUUUUAAGCUACUUUUUUAAAACAAUGGUAUUUGUUAAAUGCCUACUAUGUGCCAGGCACCGAACCAAGUUACUUGUCUAAGAUCAGUGAAUCAAAACUGAACUAGACUCCCAGAUUUUUCAGUAUUGUCCCCUGCUGUCUGUUUUUCCGCAGCGGGACAAGUUAACCAUUUCUCUGAUUUCUGGGCUUUUCAUAAUGGAUUAGAGAGAGGGAAAGAUAAGCAUUACUACCCUUGAAAUUUCAGCUCAGUGAAGGCAGGAGCUACGUUUUUGAGGUGGCAUAGUUUCUCCCUGGAAAGCCUAUUUAUUUUUCAUGAGCACACGGAAAAUUUGUGCUUCUAAGGAUGAGACAUCUGUUGCCAGAAAGAUGGACAGGAGAUAAAAAUUGGCUUGUGUCUGAUCCUUGGAUGGAAUUCAGUAAAAGGGAGUUGGGAGAGGAGGCACUGUGAUCGUCUUCAAAGACUAUUUUCUCAGUUGGGCAGGGUGGAGUACAGGGGCAAAAUUCAACGUGACCCUAAUAAUUAGAGAAAGAGUCCUACAACAGCAGGAUAAAAUUCAGUAGGAAAUAGGGCAAAGUUAAUAUCUAAAGGAGCCAAAAGGUAAGCACCAUGAAUACGGAAUAGGGAAAAGAGGUCAUCACAAAGGCAUUUUAUCAUUCACCUACCUGAUGGCAGAGGGCUGGAGCAGUUUAGUACAGUGCUCUGCACAUGGUAAGCGCUCAUUAAGUACAAUUGAUUG